CGUCGGUCGGUCUGUCAGUGGCCCUCACUCUCACUCUCAGUCAUCAUUGCAUCUGUGGAAUGUCGAGGGGCCGCAUGAAGGUCGACGCGGCCUCCAUCAACUCACGCUGACGCAAGAUGGACAUCACACCGAUGAGAACACAUCACACAGACAUGCCAUGUGUGUCUGUGUGUGCACCACCUCGAGUUGUCUGAUGGUCUUCAUUUUGGCCUCGUCCUUUGCCCUCUUCUCAGCUUCGAUCUCACCCAAACGAAUCUGUCGACACACACACAGAGACAUGGGGAGUCGGUGUGUUUCGUGUGUUGUGUGUUGUGAUGGUCUGUGUGACCUCUCGUUGCUCUGUUUUGAUUUGCUGUUGUGUCAUUGGGAUGGGCGGCGGCAGACUUUUGACGCGGGCCAACUGGGAACGCAAGUAGCGGUCCUCACCUGACCACACACGAGACACACACAUGCAGCAGAUGUGUCAGGGUGAUCUGUGAUGUGUGUGUGUGUGUACGUCUGUUGCAGUUUUCCUCGAGUUCGCUCUCCUCUGCGUCGGACACGCCACUCUACACAAAGACACACACAAUCACAGAGACACCGAUGGAUGGUCUGUGUUUGUCUGUGUGUCUCUUUCAUACGAUUGUCUGUCGAGUGCGGGCCUCUUCCUCUCGGUCGUCGCGCAGCGCCUCGCGCAGCCCAUCGGCCUACAAAGACAAAGACAUGUAUGUCACACACAGAGAGACACACAACCAGAGAGUCAGCGUCUCUGAGUGUCUGUCUGCCGUUGAUCCACACGCAUGAGCUGACGUGAAUUUUGUCGAGGACGUCCUCAUCGUCAUUGUGAUUGUUGCCUUUGUGUGUGGUCGGUGUGAGUGCCUCUCCUUCUCCGGCCAGCAGACCGCCGCACACAAACAGCAGCAGCAAAGCCACACCCGAGGCAGUCACGCAACGCAU